CGGAGAGGCCUUUGUUUUUUUUUUUUUUUUUAAACGCAAGUUAAUAUAUGCAGUGCCCUUUAACAUGCCCAGAGACCAGGAUCCUUGCAGUGUCGCCUUCUUUCUUCGUUUCCUUUUCCACUUCUAAGUUUUAAGCUUUAUCCUGAGCUCUUGAGGAGUCAGUGAGUGAGGCAUAUCCUACUAACAUCAGAAUUUCUGAAGAUGAGUGCUUCAAAGUUCAUUAAAUGUGUCACGGUUGGAGAUGGAGCUGUCGGCAAGACCUGCAUGCUCAUCUGCUACACCAGCAACAAGUUCCCUACUGACUAUAUACCCACAGUAUUCGAUAAUUUUAGUGCCAAUGUGGCCGUGGAUGGGAACAUUGUCAAUUUAGGACUCUGGGACACAGCAGGUCAGGAAGAUUACAGCAGGCUGAGACCACUGAGCUACAGAGGUGCAGACAUUUUUGUGCUGGCAUUCUCAUUGAUUAGUAGAGCGAGCUACGAAAAUGUUCUUAAGAAGUGGAUGCCUGAACUGCGAAGAUUUGCACCUAAUGUUCCAAUUGUUCUUGUUGGCACAAAGUUAGAUCUUCGUGAAGACAGAGGAUUUUUGGCUGAUCACAUGGGAUCUAACGUUAUAACAUCUAACGAGGGGGAAGAACUGAGGAAACAAAUAGGCGCAGCAGCUUAUAUCGAGUGCAGUUCAAAGACUCAACAGAAUGUGAAAGCAGUGUUUGAUACUGCAAUUAAGGUUGUUCUCCAACCUCCAAGGAGACAGGAAAUGGAAAGGAAGAAAAAGCAUAGAAGGUCUGGUUGCUCAUUCGCAAGUAUUGUGUGUGGAAGUUGUGCAGCUUAUUAAUACAUAUCAGAAGCAUCAUUACCAACCUACGUUUGAUAUGGAAGUUGCCCUGGAAAAGCCAUCAACAUUUCCUGACAUUUGAUUACAUAUUUAAAUGUAUCCUUAUGACUGUAUUGUAGUCGCUGUAAGAUGAUAGUAUAACGGGUGGUCCAUUCAUUUCAGACUUACUGGUGGAGGGAAUUAUUCAUUCUCUCGUUUAUUAUUACUCAGCAGUAUAUGUUUUACAAACAUGUUUAGCUGAGAAAGCCUUUUGUUUCAUUUGUUUCAUUUUUCACUGGAAAGUUUUUAAGAGAAGUGAUAUAGUGAUGGCUCAUUUGCUUUUUGCUCUUAUCUGUAGAAAUUUCACCGUUCGUUCACAAGGUUCCCCAAGCCAAUUUGAGGAAUCUAAGAGAAUCACUUUCU